UCCAACAUUCCCGACCCGUAUUCCCGGUUUUCCCUGGCAGACCUGGGCUCCCGAGGGGACGUGGUGAGCGUCAGGAAGAGCCUGGGCAGGAACAAACUCCUUCCUCAGGGAUUGGCCGUGUAUCCGUCCCCGGAAAACCUCCGGAAAUUCCAGGAGGAAAAGCAGGAAGGGAAGUUGGAAGUUCUCCAAACCCGGAGCGGGGAGAAGACCCUGAAAUUCCUGCGGAAAUCCCGCCUGGAAGUUGGGAUGAAGAACAACGUCAAGUGGGAGCUGAAUCCCGAGAUUGUGGCCCGGCACUUCCUGAAAAAUGUGAGACAUUCCCAACAUUCCCGACAUUCCCAACAUUCCCAGCACCCAAAUCCCGGGAUUUGGCCCUUCCCAGCCCCCAAAUUCCCU